AGCCAAAAGUGCUGCGAUCACUAGCAGAGCUUAAACUUUGCAGGAAGUUCAUAAAACUAAAGCAGGCUUGCCUGCCCACAUACUUAAUGGAGUAGAGGCAGAUGGUUUUUUUCACAGGGAAUUCCAGAGACUUUCAAGUAGGGUAUAUAUAUUUUUAAGACAUUUUAUUCAACUGCUAUUGCUAAUGUUCCCAUCUCAGUUUAGCUUUUCCAGCUAUUUUAACUUUCUUACCACUCCCAAAAUAUAAAGUAAUCAGCAGCAUUGCUCUUACAUCAAAAAUUAUAAACCAGUCAUGCUUCUAUGUCGCUAGUUAAAACCAUGGCUUAGCAGGAUGUGUGGACUCAAUUAUGAUUUUGUUUCUUUCCUCGCUGCUUCUUUUAGACGAGAUUGUUCCUUCAGAAAUGUCAUUCCAUAAUGUGACUAAAUUGUUGGCCAAACGGAUGGACUCACCGAGAGAUUGGAUCUCAGUACCCAGCGUGAUAGACCAUGACCAUUUUAGGCCCCUCUGCCUGCUGCAGAAGAAGAUGAAGACUCCAUGGUGGCAGAGCUGUCCUUAUCACAAAACCGGAUACAAGUUAUAUGACAUACUGUUACCAGAAGACGACAUUUCGCAGCUAGUUCGCCAGAAUUCGGAGUUUUUCGCCUUUGAGGACACUACAGAUGGAACACUGAAAGGGGAUAUUAGUGGAAUUACUGACACUGAAGUAGCUAGCUCUUUCAGCAUUUCUCAUGAAAUGUCUGUGAAGGUGAAAAAGAUACAUGUUCCCAUCCAAGACCUUGAUGCUUUGUUUAAAGAAAAGAAAAUCAACAAUGAACACCAAUUCAUUAAACAAUCAAAGAAGUUUCAGAGGAAUCUAUAUGUGAUCCUUGAGGCAGCAGAAACUGUGGAAGAGACAAAGUUUGGGGAAUCCAACAAAGUGGAAAGCAGCUUCUUUCAUAAAGCCUACAUCAGACUGAAACUGAAGGGUGCCAGAGAUAAGACGAAAACAGUCACUAUCCCAAAGGGAUGCAUCUUGGCAUUCAAAGCUAAGAAACUGUUGACAGAAGAAAACUUAGGUAUUUCCCAUUACUCAAGUGACAAAACAGGAACUUUUGAAAGAACAGGUUAUUUUACAGAUGAAGGAAAAUCAAUAGCACAGUGCAAGAAUAUUGUAAAAGACAAUGGGGAAAACCUUCCAAGGGAAGUUGAGAAGGAAUUUGCACCAUUAUCUUCAAUGUCUUCAAACCUCCGUGGCAAAUUUUUAACUAACGUUGUGGUUCUAAUGAAGAAGAAUGACCUUCUGGGAGAACUGGAGUUCCAGCUGGAACAGGCUCUUGAAGACCCUGAACCAUUCAGGCUGAAUACAGACAAACCAGAGUUGAAGGACCUGAUGGAGAACUUGCAAGAUGUCAAAGGAAGAAUUAUCUCUGAACUUGCUGAGGCCAUCCUCUAUUUUCUUCAGGCUCUUGAGGAACUGACUGAGUCCCAGAUAAUGCUGUUGGUAGAAUCUGUGGAAAGAAAUAUUGUGUCCCAGCAACUGAAACUGGUUGGAAGCAUCCUAGACGAGUAUUCCUGGAACAGGAAGGAGAAUUUUACUGUAGAAGUCCCGCUGUUAACCGAAGAGGGAUGGAAUAUCACUAGACUGCUAAUGGAAGAAAUAAGUGGAAUCGCCAUCCAACGAAGCGCAUCCACUGUUAGUGGAUCUGUACCCGCUCCUGCUUUCUCAGACCUCUCUGCAGUGUAUGUUGCCCUAUAUGCAAUUGAUCUCCUGUCUGAGAAAAGUUCUUAAGCCAUUCCUUUAAGCCCAAGUCUGUCUCAGGCUAGAAAAGAAACGCGCUCACAUACAGCAGCCUAAUAUAUUGGAAAUGAAGCUUGUAAUCCGACAUGCUCAUUUGAAAGGGAGUUUGCCCGAUGAUACCAUUUUAGAUUAGGUAUCUACUCCUUGCCUUCAACUUCUCUAUAACUGCAUUCUCUAACGGAGUGAGAAGUUUAGAGAAGCAGCUUCUCAAAAACUCUAAAGCGUUUGUAGCUUGGCUUCGUGGACUGUUCAGACUCAGGUUAGGGCCAUCCAGAAACCAUUACCAUGAUUAAAUGAAACCUAAGGAGAAAAAGAAAAACAAACGAAGGAAAAAUAGAUCUACAGUAUACGAUUUCAGUAGAUCUAUAUGAUUUCAAUAUAAACUUAACGUGCUCCUUAAACGUCUUAUACCACCUGAAGAGAAACCAGAGUAUUAUUAAAUCCAAACCAUAAGGAAGCAUAUUGCUCCAUCUUCUCAUUUUAGAAUAUAAAAGACGUUUCAGAAAUGGAUAAAGAACCAUAUUUUAAAUCCAUUCCCAUGAAAUCCUUUUUUUCAUUUUAGCAUUUGUCAAUAGGUUGAGGCAGCAGUGACUCUCUAGCUGCUGCCCCACUAUAAGUGGGUGGAUGUAUACCCAGAGGGCUUGGAGCAGGAGAGGAAAGACUGUCCAGCCUCAACCCUGCUUCUCCAGUUUCUUACCCAUUUGUUUUGUUUCCUAACCCUAUUAUAUUUCAUAUUCUAUGGAGGAGAAACAAAUUUUCAUUUUAAAAUUGUGAGAAAUUAUUUCAGACGGGCCUCAAGGAAGCAGGGACCAGAGCCUACAGAGGUUCUGCAGAACAGUCCUACUGCACCCUCACCGUAGCACUUCUGACACAAAAGGAGACUGGCCCUACUCAAGCUAAGCUGUGAUUAACUGAAUAAACUACAUUGGUUGGGUUUGCAAAGCAAGUCACCAAAAAAAUCCCUCCCUACAUGUUCUUUUAGUGCAAGAAUGGAUCAGUCAUGUACUAGUUAUAUUGUGGUUUGACUUUCUUGUUGGAUCCACAAGUGGAGAUAAGCUUUACUUUAAUCAAGGCUUAUUGAAUAAACCUCAAUUGGUUGGGUUCCCACAAGACAAAACAACACCAAUUGUAUUUUGGCUUAUUGUUGUGCAAGAAUCAGGCUUGUAUAUUAUAAUCUGUGUUUCAGAUUGAAUUAUGCCAGAAUUUACCAUGUAAAAGCAUAAAUCUUACCAAAUUCUAACAGUGAAUUCAGCUUUAGUGUUAGCCCUAAUUUACAGAGAAAGAAAACUGGGUCAGAAUCUAUGUUUCCUCUAAGGUGCACAUGCGUGCACGCUACUCAUCAAACCUGUGCACACGUUAAAAAGUCUGCACACAAAAUUAUAUUGCUCCAAAAUAUAUACUGCAAGCCUGGAAUUUUAUGGUGCCUAAAUUUAUUAUCACAAACUCCCUGUGUCAACUCCACUGCAGCUGCAAGGCUUACUGGGGGAGAUCCCUGAUCUCUGGGACCUCAGAGCCUCCUGUGCACCAAGGAGGGCUUCCCUCCUCCCUCCAUAAAGAUUUCAUUCAUUUCCCUCCUCUCCCCAAAAAAAGGUUUAAUUAAUAUCUGUUGAGUUUGGGGCUGCACAAGGCCCAUGAUCACUGUUAACUUUAUAAAAAAAUCAGUUUUAAAAUGAAUAAUAAUUAAAGUUAAAAUAAGUUCAGAAUACAUAUAGAGAAGAAAGAAUGCAGGGAAGGGAAUGAAAGGGGGAGCUAUUUAAAUGAUUUUUGUAUAAUGCUUUUAUUUCUUCUUAGCUUUUCUUUCAUUACAGUAUCAAAUUCCAAAAAAAAGUUUAAAUGCUUACAAAAUACUGUUUGCAAUUUCAGUUAUCAGUGACUAGCAAGUUUAUAUUAUAAUCUGUAAGCAUACUGUAUAUAUGCAGAUCCAGUAUGAUGUAGUGGUUAAGGGACCAGGCUACAAACCAGGAGCUGAUGGAUCAGCCCAGCUGGGUGAUCUUGGGCCAGUCACUCUCUCUCAGCCCUGGGAAGAAGGAACUGGCCAGCCGCUUCUCAAAAAUGCUGCCAAGAAACUGCAGCAGGGAGUCACCAGGAGUAAAAAAUGAUUUGAAGGCACAACUUCUAAGCAUGUAUGUGGCAUACAAUUAUACUUCCAGUUUCUAUACUUCUAACUAAAAAUAUGUAAACAUUUUAACAUGUUGCUGUUACAUGUAUUUGCAAUUUACUCUGGUGGGUGGCACGGUGUCAUGCUGGUUCUCCUCCUUCCUCCAGGGUCCUUUCCAGUCAAUAUUGAUGGGGGGGAAGGUCCCACCCACAGCCCCUCCUUUGUGAGGUGCUGCUGGGCUCAGCACUUUCACCCUAUUUAACAUCUACAUGAAGCUGCUGGAUGAGGUCAUCCGAUGGUUUGGGGUGAAGUUUAUAUCCAAUGGUUUCGGAUGAACUUUGUAUAUUCAUCCCAGGUCUUCAGAGUGAUGUUGAGGAGGUACUUUCUCAGCACCUGGAGGCAGUGGGGACCUCAGUGGAGUGUAACAGGCUUCAGCUCAACCCAAGCAAAACUUGAGUGGCUGUGGGUUUUGGACCUCCCGGUUCCAGGGACCUUCCAUUUUUGGUUCUGGUUGGGGUGGCACUGCCCCAGACAGACCCAGUGCACAAUCUGGAGGUCCUCCUGGACUUGCAACUCCUGCUUGAGGAGCAGGUGGCAGCCAUGGCUAGGAAGGUCUUUGUACAACCUGGAGGUGUGCAUCAGUUGCACCUGUUCCUGGACCAGGGGGCCCUGCUCACGGUCACUCAUGCCCAUGUGAUCUCCAGACUAGACUAUAGGCGGUCCUCCUUUAGCAACCACAAUUGGUUCUGGUGAAAUGGUCACUAAGUAACACAGUCGCUAAGCAAACUACAUGACACAGAGAGACGCUGUGAAGAUCUCUGGUUGCUGCUGUCUCAUUUAGAUAAAGUUCUCUUGUGCAGCAACACCAGCUUUACUCUCACUCUGGCAUGCAUUGUUGUCAGGGACAGAAAUUUGGGCGUAACUGCACGCAUUGGUUGGAAAAUGAUUAGCUAACUACCAUCUACUACUGUUUAUUACCAUCAUAUUUGUGAAUGGUCACUAUCUGUGGUAGUUGCUAAAUGAAGACUACCUGUAUUGCAAUGUGUUUUACAUGGGACUGCCCUUGAAAAGUAUUCGGAAGCUUCAGCUGGUGCAGAAUGUGGUGGUGCGGGCAUUUACUGGUGCUGGUUAGUCAGCACAUGUGAUGCCACUGCUCCACGAGCUGCAUUGGCUUCCAGUGUGUUUCUGAGUGCAAUUCAAGGUGCUGGUAGUCACCUUUAAAGCCCUUUAUGGCUUGGGGUCAGGUAACUUAUGGGACUCUCUCUCCCUGAUCAGGCAGGAGGGGCAUGCUCCAGGUGCCGUCAGCUAAGGAGUGUCAUCUGGUGGGUGCUGGGAGAGCAUUUUCUGCUGUGGCACCAGCCCUUUGGAACAUUAUUCCCUUGGGUAUCAGACUAGCCCUGACCCUCCUGGUCUUCUGCAAGGCCCUGAAAACUUGGUUUUGUGCCCAAGCCUGGGUUCCCAGGUGUGUUGCAAAGCCCUUCUCCUGGCUAUGUUAAUGGUUGCUUUAUGAUGCUAUGUGUUUUUAUUUUUUAUAUAUUGUAUGCAUUUAAUCUAAGCCAUGUGGUGUUACAUGAGAUGGGUGGCUAUAUAAAUCUAUUAAAUAAAUACUUGUAUUGUAGCACACAAUUUGUACUUGGUUUGAGAACAGCUUCACAAUAGACACUUUUUUUCCACACAAGGUAUGUAGAAAUUUGAGGGAACAUUAUUCAGAAUAAACCAAGGGACAAUUACUGUGAUGGUGGCUGUCAUAGG